UUUUGUUUUGUGUUUUGUUUUUUUUUAGGGCAGGUKAAAGUAUUCAGGGCCCUGUAUACAUUUGAGCCCAGAACGCCAGAUGAAUUGUAUUUUGAAGAAGGAGAUAUCAUUUAUAUCUCGGACAUGAGUGAUACAAAUUGGUGGAAAGGAACUUGCAAAGGGAGAACUGGACUAAUUCCAAGCAACUAUGUGGCAGAGCAAGCAGAGUCUAUUGAUAAUCCACUGCAUGAAGCUGCCAAACGAGGUAACCUAAGCUGGCUGAGAGAGUGUUUGGAUAAUCGAGUUGGUGUCAAUGGCUUAGACAAAGCUGGAAACACAGCUCUGUAUUGGGCAUGCCAUGGAGGCCAUAAAGAUGUAGUAGAUGUUCUGCUUACCCAGGCAAAUCUGGAGUUAAACCAACAGAACAAAYUGGGAGACACAGCUUUGCAUGCUGCUGCAUGGAAAGGUUAUGCAGAUAUUGUAGAGAUGCUGCUGGAAAAGGGGGCAAGAACAGAUCUGAAAAACAAUGAGAAGAAACUGGCUUUAGAUAUGGCAACGAAUGCAGCUUGUGCUUCCUUGCUUAAGAAGAAACAGAGUGCAGGUACUGUCCGAACAUUGAGUAAUGCAGAGGAAUACCUUGAUGAUGAAGACUCCGAUUAGCUUUUUUAAUUCAGUGUGGAAAAACUAUAACUUGCAUUGCCUAUGUCRUUUUCAAAACGUAUCUUCGCAACUGUAAAAAUAUCUCACUUAGAAUAUUGCAGCAUAURAAUAAGAGGGUGAGAUCAUGCUUUGCAAAGAAUAUUCUCCACAUAGUCAGAAGAUGUCAUGUUUUAAAUCAGAGUUCCUUUUUGGAAUAAUUACAGAGGAAGUGUGGCACACCCUUAUCACUGAAUGGGCAGAGGACCAUCUUUUAAACUCACAAAUUUCAUCUCUGGCCUUCCCAGCAAGUGCCUUGCAUCUCUGGAAUACUGAAAGGUCCUUCUGGGGCAUCAGGAUACCACUGGAACAUUUCCCCAAUUCCCAUACCCCCAUUUUCUCCCUGGGUAUAUGUUCCUUCAUGCAGCCAAUACUAYAGAGUCAGUACUGGUUGGCAGGAGAUGCUACUGUAGAGAGUGACCAUUAUUUGCCCGCAUGGAACCCGCAUGACAGGGUUUGAUUGUUAAUUUUGGUAAAAUUCUUACCCUUCCUUCCUCUGUCCCUCUGAGGAAGAUGCAAAAUGACCUGGGACAAUCUGCCUCAGAAAUGCUUUGUGUUUGGUAUUGCUAUGGGCCCAAUCCCUGAAAUCUUAACAGAGGUGAAAUGCUUGUGUAAGGUUUGCUUUAGAAAUUCACUUGAUGCCUUGAUUAUUUUUCUUCUUGAAGUGUAUUAUGCUGAAAUUAUUUGUAGUGAAAGGAAGAUGGAAUAUUUUUCUAUUUAUCCUGCCUAAAAUUUUUUAAUACUGAUCUCUUGCUUUUACUGUUUGAAAGUGCUCUUAAUGUUUUAUCCUACAUUACCUCAAAGUUUCAGUGUGUUUGAAGUAAUGAGGGAAGAUGUGUAUGAAAUAUACAUGAGAGUCUUUAGAAGAGAUACCUGAGGCUGAAUAAACAUUUUUAAAAUAUGUUGCUUCUUCCUAUGAAUUAAGAAAAAUAGAGAAUUCAGCCACUUUCAAGCUUCCCUGCAGAGUUAAUAAAUAGUACUUUCUUCAUAUUGCUCAAAUAGCUGCAGUCAAAUAUUKCACAUUACUGAGAGAUACUUUCCUAUUGUGAUGGUAAGUAAAUGUUGCAAGUAUUUGCAAUACAAUCUAAUUUUCAAUUUUUGUUGCUAACUUCUCUAUUAAGGGCUUGUGAGAAAUUCAUUCUAACACAGCAGUUUGUGAUACUAAAACUGGAAAAAAAAAAAGGAAAAAAAGCUCUUGUGAAAGGCUGGGGAUAA